GGAUGAUCAUUGUAGAGUAUAUAUAUAUAUAUGUAGUAUCAUAUAUACUCUUUGAAGGUCGUCACUGAAUUGUACUAUUUAUAUUGAUCUCAUAUUCACUCUAUAUAUCUCAAUUAAUGGGGUGGGCAGAAGUUGUGAAGUUGUUGUUGUUAUGGGUUUUCAUAGUUUUACUGGUUGAAAAUCAAAACCAUGGAGUGGAAGGUUGUGUUGAAGAGGAGAGGACUGGGUUGCUUCAACUCAAGGCCUCUUUCAUUCGGAACAGUACUGAUGAUGAGAUAAGGCAUGAUUUGGUACUUCCUUCGUGGGUUGAUGAGAGAGAAAGUGAUUGCUGUGACUGGGAGAGAGUCGCUUGCAACCACACCACAGGCAGAGUGGUGGGACUCACUCUCCAUGAUCUAAGGCAGCUAGGGCCACACUACCACUACGUUUCUUACCAUGAUUGGCCUUCUUUAAAUGUCUCCUUAUUUAAACCUUUUGAAGAGCUGCUGAGUCUUGAUUUAUCUGAGAAUGGAUUUGAUGGCGCUGUUGAAAAUGAAGGUUUUGAAAGGUUGUUGAAAUUGGAGAUCUUAAACCUUGCUUUUAAUGGCUUCAAUAACAGUGUCCUAGAACCUUUGGGUUCACUCACAUCACUGAAAACUUUAAAUGUCAGUUGGAAUAUGUUGGAAGGACCUCUUCCUGUCAAAGAGCUAUCAGCUCUGAGAAAAUUAGAGAAGUUGGAUCUAAGCUGGAACAGAUUAAAUGUCUCCCUUCCAGUGCAAGAUUACCAAACUUUGCCAAAGUUGAGCAAGUUGGAGCAUCUGGAUCUAAGCUACAGCAGAUUCAACAAAGACAUUCUAAAGUGGUUGGCUAAUCUCCCAGUUCUUAAAUUUCUAUCACUGAAGGGCAAUUGGAUGAAAGGGCCCCUUUCCAACAAUGAUUUGAUUUCAUUCAAGAACUUGGAGGUUCUAGAUCUGAGCGGUAAUAUAUUCACUGGAAAUAUACCCCCGCUUAUGGGGACCUUGACUUCGCUCAAGGCUGUGUCUUUGGCGGACAACAAUCUCAACAACAGUUUGUCUAUUAAAGGUUUGUGUGAAUUAAACAACUUACAAGAGUUGGAUCUCUCUUGGAAUAAUUUCGAAGGAAUCCUUCCUCAAUGUUUGAGCAAUUUGAGAUCCCUUAGAGUGUUAGAUCUCUCUUGGAAUCAAUUCACUGGAAAUAUUCCACCACAUAUGGGGAACUUGACUUCUCUCAAGGCUCUGUCUUUGGCGCAGAAUCAUCUCAACAACAGUUUGUCUAUUCAAGGUUUGUGUGAAUUAAACAACUUACAAGAGUUGGAUCUCUCUUGGAAUAAUUUCGAAGGAAUCCUUCCUCAAUGUUUGAGCAAUUUGAGAUCCCUUAGAGUGUUAGAUCUCUCUUGGAAUCAAUUCACUGGAAAUAUUCCACCACAUAUGGGGAACUUGACUUCUCUCAAGGCUCUGUCUUUGGCGUACAACUAUCUCAGCAACAGUUUGUCUAUUAAAGGUUUGUGUGAAUUAAACAACUUACAAGAGUUGGAUCUUAGUGGUAACUCGUUCCAAGGAAUCCUUCCUCCAUGUUUGAGCAAUUUGAGAUCCCUUAGACUGUUAGAUCUCUCUUGGAAUCAAUUCACUGGAAACAUUUCUUUUAUAAUAUCAACCCUCACAUCUCUAGAAUACUUCAAUCUUAAUUUCAACCAUUUUGAGGGUUUAUUCUCAUUCAGCUCCUUAGCCAAUCUUUCCAAGCUUGAGAUUCUUGAAUUAGGCAGCAACAAAUUGCAGGUGGAAACUGAUCAUUACUCAAAUUGGGCUCCCAAGUUUCAGUUGAAAGUCCUAGGGUUAUCAAACUGCAACCUCACCGGUGAAAUACCCGAGUUUCUUUUCCACCAACACAAAUUAAGAGUUGUUGAUCUCUCCUACAACAACUUGAAAGGAGUGUUUCCUUACUGGUUGCUUAAUAACAAUGCAAGACUUGAAUAUCUGGAUGUCUCCGCCAAUUACUUUCAUGGCCAACUUCAAGAAAACAUUUCAAUCAGGCUUCCAUACAUUUCGUAUCUAAAUUUAUCCACAAAUUCUUUCAAAGGUAUUCUUCCGUCAUCACUUUGCAACAUGAGUGCCUUACAGAUAUUGGAUUUGUCUGUUAACUUGUUCUCUGGAGAAGUACCAAAGGAAUUGGUUUCAGGUUGCAUCAAUUUGAGAGUUUUGAAAUUAUCCAGCAAUAAAUUUCAUGGUCAAAUACUCUCAACACACUUCAACUUGACCAACUUCGAGGUUCUGUCUUUGCAUGACAACCAGUUCUCGGGAAUUUUGUCCAACACAAUUUCCAAAAGCUCCCACCUAACUCUGUUGGACAUUAGCAACAAUUACUUCUCAGGGAUGAUUUCUAGCUGGAUAAGUAAUAUGACAGAAGGAUAUGGGAUUUUGGAUGUCUCUCAUAAUUCUUUCGAAGGCCGGUUACCAUGUGAAGUAGCUGUAGGUUGGGUUUUGGAUGUCUCUCAUAACUCUCUUUCGGGAUCAAUACCUUCUUACCCAUACCCAACACAUCAUAUUUAUUUGCAGGCAAACAAAUUCACAGGACCAAUACCAAAUGCUUUUGUCAAUUCAUCAUCUAUGAUGACAUUGGAUAUUAGCAAUAACAGCUUAUCUGGCAAUAUUCCCAAUGGAAUUAGCGCACUCUUCAAAGAAUUAAGAGUACUUCUGUUGAGGGGAAACCAUUUGAGUGGUUUGAUUCCAAAUCAAUUGUGCAAGUUGAAUAAGAUAUCCCUUUUGGAUCUAUCCAACAACUAUUUUUCUGGGUCGAUACCUCGUUGCAUUAGUAACUUCUCUUUUGGAAAGAUAGGCCCAAAUCACGACGGGUCUUUUCAAAUGGACUUUGGUACUUCGAGUGGGUUGAAUUCGCCCACAUAUGGAAGUUUCUUAUUAGUGAUAACAUUCUCAUUCUAUGAAUAUGUAAUUGAUGCAGCACUACUAGCAGAAGCCGAGUUUGUUACAAAAAGAAGGCCUGGCUCUUACAAGGGUGAUAUCCUGUAUUACAUGUCAGGAUUGGAUUUGUCAUGCAACAACCUAACAGGUGAAAUCCCUCAUGAGCUAGGUGAGCUAGUUUGGAUUCAUGCAUUGAACUUGUCUCACAAUCAGUUACAAGGAUCCAUCCCCAGAACAUUCUCUAGCCUGACUCAAAUAGAGAGCUUGGAUCUUUCUUACAACACCUUGAGUGGAGUGAUCCCAACAGAGCUGAUUGAUCUGAAUUUUCUCGAAGUCUUUUCUGUAGCUCACAACAACUUAUCGGGUAGAAUUCCAGAUAUGAAGGACCAAUUUGGGACAUUUGAUGGGAGCAGCUACGAGGGAAAUCCUUAUCUAUGUGGACCACAAUUAGAGAAAAAUUGUACCACCAAUGUUCAGUCUCCAAACACACCAACAACAAUUUCAGAAGAAAGUGAGGCAAAAUGGUAUGAAAUCGAUCCAGAGGCUUUUUAUGUUACUUUUUCUGUGUCAUACAUCAUGUUCUUAUUAGCACUGGCUUCUGUUCUGGCUAUCAAUCCGUAUUGGCGAAGAAGGUGGUUCAAUUUCAUUGAGAAGCGUAUGUAUUCUAGCUAUUACUUUGUUUCUGAUGCUUUCUACAAGCUAUUGGCUCAUUAGUAUAAUUAGUUGUUAUUCGCUUUUAUAAAUCAGUCGAGUGUACUAAUGCUAAUAACUACCUUUAUACAUACGCAUGGUUGAUGGAGCAUUUAGUUCAAAUCUGAAGAAAAAAAACUCCACUUCAUCUAUUUCUCUAUUCUCUGUCAUUCUUUAUCAUUAUCUUUUCCUGUCUAUUAUUGUUUGGCAUUUGACACAACAGGUUAAUUGAAAUUUGUUCUUUUUAGGAUUUGGGAUAAUUUAGUAAUGGAACAAUUUUUGAAUUAUAUUUUAAGAAUGAAGAAGAUAGCUUUAGCUAUGAGAUGGGGAUCAACUGUAGUACUUGAAAUGCUGGCAAUGACAUGAAAAUUUUUAAACCUCGGUGAUUUGGGACACAAGAAACAUUUAAAACCAAUAUGUAUUCAAAGAGUGUCAGAUUAUGAAUUUUUUUUUCUCCAUGCCUAAAUGUAUAGUUGAUCAAAAUACUCCUAUUUCAGAUUAUUUAUUUGUCGGACUGGUGACAGAAAUAUCUCAGAAAGGCAAGGAAAACAACAAAUACAAAAAAAAAAAAAAAAAAAAAAAUUGAAUGGAUUUGAGGGAAGAAAGCAAAUGUGAAUAAUUAUUAAAAUAAUGUCAAAACAAUGCUUUACUAGGAAAAGGAGAGUGAAUAUUCCAAACACAGACAUAAUAGGUAUAAACUACAACAUAUAAAAAUGUACACAUUUUAACACAGAUAAAGUAACAAUAUAAACAAAAUAAUCAAUAAACUAGGCUGUAACAAUUAGCAGUAAAGUAUUAAAAAUAAGCAUUUCUCCUACCAACUUAAUUCUAGUCUCAAAAUGUUUCCAUAAUAAACAGCAAUGAAAAAUAGGUGGAAAAUCAACAU